AUGGCGACGUACGAGAAUGAAGCACCACCUUUUCAGAUUCCAAGUCCCGUAUCAGUUGAACGUCACCUGAAAGAAUAUGAUUUCAUCUUAUCUCGUGAUCCAUUUUCUUCAUCUUCUCUUGCCCCUCUAAUUGAGAAACAAGGGCAACCUUCCACGCAGCAACAGGGGCAACAUUUCAUGGAGCAACAAGGGACUGGCUCCAGUGUACAAGAAAGUCCAGCUUCUACUACAUUGAUUGAUUCUCGAGAGCCAAGUAGCAAUGUUGAUCAAAGCCUCAACGGCCCGCCCUCAGAAGAAAAUAAUUAAGGAAAUUUAUCCUGACUGGAUGGAGGCAUCUAGUGCGUCAGGAUUAACUUGAAACCAGAAGUUGAUAAGGCUGCCAGAGAUAAGCUUGCCUCUUUUUGUUCCUUCAGCAGAAUAGAAUGGUUCUUGUAUCUUAAAGCAGACAAAUCUACGAAGUGACAGAACUUCAUUUAGUUGAA